AUGGCCAAUCUUAAUAAUAAUCUUGGAUUAAUGACGGGUGAUACCGGGAACAAUGCCGGCGCAAGAACCUGGUAUGAGAAGAGUUUUGCCAUUAACAAAGCGCUGGAUUCAAGGCCGCACAUGGUUACCAAUAUGAGUAAUAUUGGCCGCAGCUACCAGCGGGAAUCAGAUUUUACCAAAGCGUCUGAGUAUUAUUUUAAGGCAUUGAAUAUUGCAGAUGAAUCAGGGCUUGCCGAGCAGGCGGCCCUUGUGGGUACCAAUAUCACAGCAAUGUUUAUUAUUCAAAAGGAUUAUGCAAAAGCCACGCGCUAUGCUGAAAUGACAAUUAAGAAUGGUGAAGCUGCCCAUGCUAUGAUACAUGUAGCAAAAGCAACAGAACAACUGGGUGUUAUUCAGCUUGAGCAAAAAGAUACAGUGGCCGCCAGGACCAGUUUUGAAAAAGCAUACAAUCUGUAUGAAAAAAUCGGCAAUAAGAUGGCCAAGGUGCAGGUGCUUACCAAUAUGGCUACACUGGAAAGCAGUAUGCAGAAAACGAUUUCCAUUUUACUGAAGGCACAGCAGAUGAUAGACAGCCUGGCACCCACGUCCCUUAAUGCCAUUGUUAACCUGGGUAACCUGGGUAUCUAUAACUAUAACGCAGGGGUUGCUUCUACGGGCGAUGAAAAGAGCCGUUUUUUUAAAGAGGCUACUGUUUACCUUAACAGGGCUAUUGAUCUCUGUAAAGCCACCGGCAAUAUCAAUUAUGAAUCCAAUUUCAGGCAAUCGCUGGCAGAACUGGAAGAAGCCAAAGGAAACUAUAAAAGUGCACUUGACAAUUUCAGGGUAUAUGCUGCCAUCAAUGACUCUGUAUACUCACAGGAAAACAAAAAUAAAAUAGCUUCGCUUGAAAGUGAGAAAGCCAUUAAUCUCAAAAACAAAGAAAUUGAAAUCAACAAACUGGCCAUUGCCAAUCAACGUAAGACGCAGGUUGGCCUGGUAGCCGGUAUUCUGUUGCUGGGUGUUAUCGGGAUCCUGCUUUACUGGCAAAGCCGCACCCGGAAAAAAACAAAUACUACUUUAAUGGUGCUGAACAACCAGCUGGACGACGCCAAUAAAGUAAAGGCCAGAUUUUUUGCUAUUCUCAGUCACGAUCUGCGCGGGCCCGUGGCCAACCUCAUCAGUUUUUUACACCUGCAAAAAGAAGCGCCCGGGCUGUUGAGCGGCGAACAGAUAGCUACCAACCAGCAGAAAAUUACCCAUUCUGCAGAAUCGCUGCUGGAAACCAUGGAAGCCAUGCUGCUCUGGAGCAAGGGACAGAUGGAAAAUUUUAAGCCGGAAAUAAAGCUGGUACCGGUGCGUCAGCUGUUUAAUUACGUGGAGAGGUUUUUUGCAGAUACUGCGCAGGUGCAGUUGACCUUCAAAGAUCCCGGUAACAUGGAAGUAAAUACAGAUGAAAAUUAUCUGCAAACCAUUAUGCAAAACCUUACGGCCAAUGCAAUAAAGGCUUUAAAAAGUACCAGCGCCGGGCAAAUUGAAUGGAAGGCGGUACAGGAAGCCGGUAAGACCUACCUGUCUAUUACAGACAAUGGCCCCGGUAUCAAAGAAGAGCAUUCGAAAGCAUUGUUCGACGAAGCCGCAGCUGCCAAUACAAAAUACGGUUUAGGCCUUCACCUGGUACGUGACCUGGCGAAAGCCAUUCACUGCAAGAUAUCGGUUCAAACAGCUGAAGGUGCGGGAACUACUUUUACGUUGGCCGCUUAA